GUGUGGUGGACCUCAGUUUUGAGGCCGAGAGUCCUCUGGCACCCCCCACAGAGCUCCUGGAGAGACUGCCCAGCUAUGACUGGCUUCUUCAAGGGGGCAGAGGACAGAUAUUCUUCCCGCCUUUGGAGGCCCCAGGGAGGCCCCAGGAGCAAAGGUCCUGGCCCUCGUUCCUGGAACACAGAGUCCCUGCAAUGACGGAGGAGGUGGCCCGGGAAGCCCUCCUCAGCUUUGUGGACUCUAAGUGCUGCUACAGCAGCACGGUGGCUGGAGACCUCGUCAUCCAGGAGCUGAAGCAGCAGACCCUCUGCAGGUACCGUCUGGAGACCUUUAGUGAAUCCAGGAUAAGCGAGUGGACAUUUCAACCCUUUACUAACCACUCUGUGGAUGGGCCGCAAAGAGGCGCCUCCCCCAGGCUCUGGGACAUCAAGGUUCAGGUUCCUCCGAUGUUUCAGGAAGACACCAGGAAGUUCCAGGUCCCUCACUCAUCACUGGUCAAGGAAUGCCACAAAUGCCACGGGCGUGGGCGGUACAAGUGCAGCGGCUGCCACGGGGCGGGCACGGUGCGGUGCCCGUCCUGCUGCGGAGCCAAGCGCAAAGCCAAGCAGUCCCGGAGGUGUCAGCUGUGCGCGGGGUCCGGCAGGCGAAGAUGCAGCACUUGCUCAGGGAGAGGGAACAAGACCUGCGCCACCUGCAAGGGGGAGAAGAAGCUGUUGCACUUCAUCCAGCUUGUCAUCAUGUGGAAGAACAGCUUGUUUGAGUUUGUGUCUGAGCACCGGCUCAACUGCCCCAGGGAGCUCCUUGCUAAAGCCAAAGGAGAAAACCUCUUUAAGGAUGAAAACUCGGUGGUGUACCCCAUUGUGGACUUCCCCCUGCGAGACAUCUCUCUUGCCUCCCAGAGGGGCAUUGCAGAGCACAGCGCUGCCUUGGCCUCCCGUGCCCGCGUCCUGCAGCAGCGCCAGACCAUUGAGCUGAUCCCCCUCACAGAAGUUCACUACUGGUACCAAGGAAAGACUUAUGUCUACUACAUCUAUGGCACUGACCACCAGGUGUAUGCGGUGGACUAUCCUGAGCGGUAUUGCUGUGGCUGUACCGUCGUGUGACAUAGCAUAGCUGUCCCCAGAGCCUGCCAUUCACGUUUACCAAGGAAGAUGACCGACACUCUCUGAGUGUGUUCACUGUUGGCUGCAUUGGACAAUCACAUACAUACCCUGGCAUGUCCUUCCAGAAAAACCAGCUUAUCAUCUAUCAAGCUCCAACCCCUUAUGCAGCUCCUCUGGUGGAAUCCAUGACUCAUAUGUUUAACCUACAAUAAUUCAGCUACACACAUUCCCGUAGAACAAAUGAGAGAAAUAGUUUAAAUGGCAAGGACUUUGCCUCUGGUCUCCAAGUUAAUGCCCCGAUGAUGUGUGUGAUUUGAUUUUGCUUUUUCCCUUUGUCGGUCUUGGUUCUGGUGUGCUUCUUCUAGUGGGAGCCUCUUGACGAUCUGAGUGUUACUGAAAUGUUCAAGGAUACACACAAAUAUCUGGCCCUAAUGCACAAUAAAUACUGCACUUAGGCAUAAAGUGCAAUAUGUUACUGCCCAUUCUGUGGAUCAGGAAUUCAGACACAGCCACAGUGCGGGUGAUUUAUCUCUGCUCUGUCAUGUCUGGGGCCUCACCUGGAAGAUUUGAAGCCUGGAGCUGCUCAAGCGUGGGGCCUGAAAUCAUCUGAAAGCUGGUUCACUCAGAUAUUUGGUGGUUGAUGGUGGCUGGUGGUUGGGACCCCUUUAGGGAAGCUGUCAGGUGGAGCACAUAUACGUGGCCUCUCCAUGCAACAAGAGCUUCCUCACAAGAUGGCAGCUCUGAGAGUGUGUGCCCCUCAUGCACGUCCCAAUUUAAGAAAUAGAGAUCUGUUUCACAGCUGGAGAACAAACCAGCUGUGUUGGAUGGACCAAGAGUCUGCAUGCCAAUCUCUAGUGUGGUGUCUAUGUAAGGAAUUUAGAGAGUGUUUUCAAAUAGUUACAGUUUUUUACAUCACAGGCUGACUUUAGAGCCUGCCCACUGA